AUGAGUCUCAUCCUGUCACUCCCGGUUUGGGUGGUGGUUCUGUCUUUGGUUUUGGAAGGCCCAGUCCUGGCCCAGGCAGUCCCACAAACCUCCAGCACUUUGGAGCUCAUCCUGGAUAAGCUGAAGGAGUUUGGUAAAGCUCUGAAGGACAAGGCCCUGGCAGCCAUUGAGAGCAUCAAGCAGAGCGACAUUCCUGCAAAGACCCAGAACUGGUUUUCCAAGACUUUCAACAAAGGGAAGGAGAGGCUCAAAAUUACUUUCUCCUGA